AUGUGGUGGGCGACGGCAGCCGCUUCAACAGCACUCUUGCCACUCAUCGCGGCAAUCGGAUGUGGAAAAAAGAAAAACAAGCGCGUUCCAAAUGAGCCGAUCGAAAAAGCCGAGUGGCCGAGCACGAACAAGCCGGAAUCGCAAGCCAAAGCACAAAAGUCCGAGGCCAGAUGUGCCUGCUGUGCCUCCUGCGCCUGUUGCGCCUGUUGCGCCUGCUGCGCCUGCUGCAAACCAGCUGCGCCUGCUACAAACCAAAAUGCUCCGAAACCACUAGGACAAUGUGAAAUUGCUGGAACUCAUGGUCCUAACCAGAAGUUGGCUGGAAUCGGCGGAGAAUGCUUUGGAGACAGAGGUGGUGGUGCUGCUCCCGGUGCUCCAAGUGGAGGACCCAAGGCACCACAACAAGGCGGAGUAGUAGGUACUUACGACCCAAACUAUCAGACCUUGGCUGGCAUCGGUGGCGAUUGUUUCGGAAACGACAAGAAUAAGGCGUCAGGAGCUGGAGCUGGACCUAAGGCACCACAACAAGCUGGAAUUGCUGGCAUCCAUGAUCCUAAUUACCAAACGCUGGCCGCAGUUGGAGCCGAUUGCUUUGGACAAGACAAGAAAGCUGCUGCCAAGGGGCCUGCAGUACCGGCCAACAAAGCUGCCGUUGCUGGAACACACGAUCCUAAUUACCAAACGCUGGCCGCAGUUGGAGCCGAUUGUUUUGGUCAAGACAAGAAAGCUGGACCCAAGGGACCCGCAGCUCCAGCAAACAAAGCCGCCGUUGCAGGUACCCACGAUCCAAAUUAUCAAACUUUGGCUGGAGUCGGCGGCGAAUGUUUCGGAAACGACAAGAAGAAGAAA